AUGAUGCAAGACUUCUCCCGGCAAAUCACUUAUGCGCUGGAGGAAGAAGAGGUGGAUCAAUCCAAGGGCCGUUUCGAGGUUCACCGUGGGUGGCGGCAAGUGUGUCGAGCGCCUUCUGAGAAGAGGAAGGCUCUGGUCACAACUCGGAGUUCUUUCCAUGCAGACAUGGGCGACCCAGGUGCUUUGACAAAGCAGCGAAUGCUGCUAAAGCUCUGCUCGGUUGGCUGGUCCCUAUGUUCAAUUCUAUUUGUUAUCCUGGACUUUGUGCUGAUUCCGCUCACGGCAUUUCAGGUCUCACACGACUUGCUAAACGGUCUCAUCACCACCUUCUGGGCCCUUCGUCUUGUUUCCAAGGCAUCUUCUGCUUGGACAAGGCCAAGGCAGCUCCGGAAGAUUGCAAGGCUUGUCCUGGGCCUCUUGCUAGUCUCAGCAAGACUUGCACAUGCCUUGAGACCUGCAAACUCCUCACACUUUGCUUGGGGCAUCCUUUUGAUGCUGCAGCUGGUACGGUUGGCCGCGCUGCCGCACUUGUAUGAGGCUUCCGGUCUGGCGGUCCUGGUGCAUGACACUCUGCGGAAAACGAGCCGAGAAGCUCGUGCCUCUUGGAACCUGGCUUGGAUGGGAGUAGGUUCUGUUGCUUGCCUGCACUGUUUGACGUGCGCCUGGUAUGUUGUUGGCUCGCAGACCGAUGGUUGGGCGCAAGCACUGGCUGGUCUCCCAUGGGACGCUUUGGCCAGAUUGCCGCCAUCGCGCAUCACAGAGAACAUGGAGUUGCACACCUCGCCCGAGCGCAUGCUGUCCGUCUUAAGCACUGCGCUCUGUGUGCUUUUUGCUUCGAUCUUCACCUCCGUGGCACCUUGGCAUGUGCUUCAUAUGGUAACCAAUGACAUCUCAGACUUGCGCCGCUUGAGCCGGAUGCAUAAGGAGGCGGAGGACAAGCUGUGCGACUUCCUGCAGGUGCUGGGUGGCAAGGUGUUUAAAUUUUCUUGCUUUGAAAUGUACAGUCUGCUGUUUGCUUGGCGAGCUGUUGAGGCACAUCCUGUGCCCCGCGACCUCGAGCAGCAGUUGAAAAGCUAUGCCCGCCGCCACAUGCGCAGGGUGAUGCCACCAGGUAAGGAUGAGAUUGCGCCCUCCCUUCCGCACUUCCUAUAUGAUGAGCUGUGCCGCGAGGCUUUCAGCCCGGUGCUCAGUGGCCACACCUUGUUUCAUGGGCUUUGUACCAAGUACUCCAGCGUUCAACGUGACCUGUGCGUCCGCUACUUGACAGACUGGAGCAUCAUGGCACAAGAAACUCUGUUCUUGCCCGGGUUGCCGUGUGAAAGUAUGCUCUUCGUGGUGCGCGGCAGCAUCACCUACAGCAAGUCAGAUUUGCCCGCCCCGGCCAGUUCAAUUGUCCCCUUGGAGCCACCCUGGCCGGCCAGUGUCCUGCCUGCCCCUUCCAGGGCUGAUGAUGUUGUGUCAAAGCUUUCAGAAGGCGACUGGCUUUGCGAGCACUGCCUCUGGACCCAUUGGAACUAUCUGGGACAGGCUCGAGCCGAUGCUGGUGCGGACUUGCUUUGCCUGAGCCACGACAAGGUUUUCGAACUUGCUCGAACCAACAGAGACGCGGGCUCCGAGAUGGCUAAGUAUGCGGCACUGGCAAUCAACCUGCUGAACAGCAUCCCAGAGGAGAACCUAUCCGACUUACCCUUUGAGCUGCGCUUCAAGGUGAUAUUUGAAGGAGACAGCAUAACGCGCUGGUCAAUCGGCGUGGGCGACGGCCACGUCAUGUCAUUCUCCAGCAAGGAGGUGGUCUUCACCGCAAAGGCGCAUGGUACUUCCAAGCCGCCGGCCAUCAUUGACAUGAAGAUGCAAGCCGCUACGCUUUUCAUUGCCACAGCCGAUCAGCAAAUCUCGCGAAUCGACGCAGAUGCUCUGCUGACCUCCUCCAGCAAAACUCCAAUGGUUCAGGUUCUCUACAAGGACCUCGGCCAAAUUUGCAGCCUCAGCGUUGCAGGGACGUAUCUGCUCUGGGCAACCGCACGUGAGGUCACGCUUGGAACGGUGGACGGGCCCGAGGUCCUUGUGGCGCAGCGACCAGUGCUCUCCCACGAUUCCCUGCAGGACUUGGUGGGCUCCGAGGUCCAGGUGAUGCAGGUGGAGCUGGCGGCAGACGCCAGCUCUUUCUUCCUUGCAGCUUGGGAUCCCGGGGAGCAGGUGAUGUCAAUCUUUCAGGUGUCCAUCACCUUGGACAGCCUUGACACUGCAAUCGUGGAGCAUCAGCAGCUGCGGCAGUUGCGUAGGACUUGGCCCAGCCAGAGCAUUCGAAUUCUUGCAACUCCAUUCUCUGCAUUCGUCUUCGACAAUCGUACCAUUUGGGGUUUGCCCAGCCUCCUGGAAGAGGACACAUCACCGCACUUGCUGUAUCAGUCUAAGACUUCGGCACGGAUUUCGGGCCUUGGGUACUUCUUCCAGAAGGGCUUGGACUGCGCAGUUUCAGACUGGCUCAACGUCUCUCUGUGCAGCGCCAGCUGUGGGGGAGGAAUCGUACGGCAAGCGCGCGAAAUCCUGGCUGAUGCAUCCGAAGGUGGAAGUUCUUGCCCAGCAGAGUUGGAGAGGGAGCUCCCGUGCAAUGAGCUCCAGUGCCCGGUGGACUGCAGGAUGAGCGAGUGGAAAGAUGAGGGCCAGUGUUCCCGCAGCUGCGGCGGAGGAACUAUCCGGCAGACCAGAGCCGUUCUUUCACAUCCUUUGUUCGGAGGGCAGCCCUGUUCGAGAGUCCUGCAGCACCAUGUGCUCUGCAACUCGCACCCUUGCGAAGGACGUGAUUGUGAGAUGUCCCAGUGGAUGGAUCAAGGGCAGUGUUCGCGAAGCUGCGGAGGGGGCUUGCAGCGUCAGUUCCGCGAGGUUCUGAAGGAAGCAAGCAUUGGGGGCCAGUCAUGCAGCGACAUGAAUACGUCACGUGUGGUGCUAUGCAAUCCCGUCCCUUGCAAGGCAGAAGGUUUCGAUCCUGUAGCAGCUGGCAGAGCAACAGGCUUUGACUUCAAUAUCCAGGACUUCUGCGACUCUUCCGAGGGUUGCUCCAGUGGGAGAAGAGGUCACAAAGUGAAAGAGAGCAAUGGACUUCAACGGGGCGGUUGA